UUCGUCUUCAACUUCAACUUCACCCUCCUUCGCCGCCAUCCCAGAUAAACGCCCGAGCGCGUCGACAACCACCUUGCCGUUGCCUGUCAAGAUUGCCGUUCCGUGCCCGAUUUGCCAUCGACCCUGCCAAGAUCCGCCGGACCUUGUCGAUAUGGCAAAUAGUCUAACAGUUUGAUACAUAGGCCGCAAGCAAGCAUUGCUGAAAUCGAAGCUUCGGAAAGAGUCAAAACUCCAGAACACGUCGAAGAGCCCGCGAUGAAUACGCGUGAAGCUAUCCAGCCGUCGAACACUCCGAAUGUACUCUCCAUCUCAUACUCGACAUCACGCAGGCGAUUCGUGACUGGCCUAAGCGAUGGCUUUCGCGCGUUCCGUACAGACAAUUGCUUCUUCACACGCCGGGCGGACUCUCCGCCUCACGGUGCCACAGCGAUUGUAGAAGCUCUGGACGACAGAUGGUUUGCUUUCGUAGCCAAGAACAAGUCUCAGGACGCAAGUCCCAACAUUUAUGUGUGGUAUGAUGCCGUGCUCGGCCAGGAGACGAAGAGACACGAUCUUCACGAGCCAAUCAAAGGCUUGCGACUGGGGUACUCAUGGUCGGCCGUCGUACUCAAAGAGAGAGCCAUAGUGUUCAUGUACCAGGAGCUGCAACACAAGGCACGCACACCAGCGCAAGGCGAUGGCAGUGGCUCUGAUCAGACUGAGGUGGUGCAUGACGCUAAAUUCGUUGCGCCGAACAAAGCGCACUCGCUCUACCGGACUUCAGCGAACCCGUACGGACUUGCAGCACUCUGCGACGACCUGCUAGUGCUACCUGCAGAAAGCACAGGGCAAGUACAACUAAUCACAUUGGCUGAGAAGGGUGCAUGUCCAAAGCGGGUGCUUAAAGCACACAACUCCGCCCUCCGGUGCAUGGCACUCUCGUCCGAUGGUUCACUACUGGCAACCACAAGCGAGCAAGGGACGCUGAUACGUGUCUGGAGCACAAAAACGACAGAUCAACUGGCUGAAUUCCGCCGUGGUAUGGACCACUCAGUCAUCUAUAGCUUGGCGUUCAGCCCGGGCAACAGAUUCGUGGCAUCGACGAGUGACAAAGGCACGCUUCACGUCUUCGACCUGCACCCAAAGGAUCCGGCAGAAGCUGCGAAUACGGCACAAGAGCGUGAAGCUGAGCAGAAGAAACAUCGUAAAGCUCCAUCUUACGCUCACCAUCGCCUGUCUGGAGGCACCGGCUUUGACCAUGAUUCACUCUCGGGCAUGUCUGGAGGUCUAGCAUCUCCGGCGCCAUCCACCGCCAUUGGCGGAGGUCCCGGAACUGGCUAUCAUGGCAGUGUUCAGGAAUAUUAUGGCCUUCGGGCUCCACCAACAUCGGCUUCGCCUCCUGCACGAGAUGCCGCCGUCUCGGCAAUGGCAGCUCUCAAGCUCAGCCCAUUUAUGCCAAGAGCAGUCCGCGACGUACGCAGUGUUGCUUCCGCACCAUUCUACACUGGCACAGAUCCGCCGCACUGGCAAGGAGGUCCAGAGCAUAUCUGGACAGUCACACCAAACGGCACGAAAAAGCGCGUCACGAACCCGGUGUUGCCUCUUCCAAAUGACCCGAGUGGGCGACCACCAAAGGGAAUAUUGGCUUUCCAGCCUGCCGCUGAAGGCCACAACGACGAUAAUGGUGUUUCCUUGUACGUGAUCGGUGGAGGAAGUGACGCUCGCUGGGAGCUGUUUGACCUGCUGCCGAUGGCACCCAGCGAGUCGAAUCCAGGAGGCGGAUGGGCCUUGUUGAACAAAGGAUUCAGAAGAUACCUCACACGUCAGUUUGCGGACUGAUGGAGUGAUGACGGAUGACGGAUUACGAAUUACGGAUUACGAAUCAUGGAUGGCGCAUGACGGAUGACUUGGAGAAGACCUUUUCAGCGAUGGUGUUCUGGAGUCGGAGACACGGUUCUCUUAUGCAUUGGCAUUGGGCCGGAGUACCACCGAAACAUGUCCAUAAAGUUGAAACGCGCGAGAUCUGCUGGUGCUGAAAUAUGGGUACGGGCGCUCUACGCAAGACAGUCGUAGAGUCUGGACCACAGUUCCCGCAUCAUCCGUAUGAACUGUUGCGUCCCCUAUAAGGGAGCCUUUCGUCCUUUGGCAC